UAUUUCAUGGUUCUAUCAAAGCAGCAGUAAAAAAAAUACUCUUGACGCAUGAAAAUUAACUGGUGAGGGGCCUCAUUGCUAUUUUUAAAUUGUAGUUUUAUUUUUAAAUAGUCUUUUUUUAAUCAGAGGAUCAGAUGCAUGACUUUUUUUUUUUUAAUGGAUGCAGAUCUUCUAUCAGGUGUCUCACAAUAAAUUCAAGAGGAUUUUAGUUUGCCAGAAAUGUUGCAAAUGCACUAAUUUGAGUAAGAUGUUGAUACUGAAUAUAUCCUCUUGAGACAUAAUUUUGCAUGCAAAAUUAUCCCAUAAUCUUUGUAGGUUUGUUAAUAUUGAUGCAUUACUGCCCUAUAUCUAAAUGAUCUUCUCCCCCUUCCCCUCCAUAACUCUUGGUAUCUAAAUUGAUGACAGCUCUGACACAAGCAAGAUAACAGUGCUGUGUAGUAUACAUUUGUUUAUAUUAUCGGCACUUCUCAGUAUAGGUGGAAGGAACCAUUACCUUUAUUUAACAGUGGUUUUUCUUUUUUGUUGUUGUGUUUUACAGUUCUUUUCCCUGGUUCAGCCUGAACUAUAUACCAGGCCCUGCUGAAAAUACCACCCAACAGUUUUCUUCUGCAGCUUAUCCAGUUUCUCUUAAGUGCCCUGUACAUAUUGUAUGUUUUAUGAUGAGAUGCAGUUUCUUAAUAUGUAUUACAGAAAUACUACUGGUAUUUGCAAAUAUGUAGUUUAAUUGUAUUAUUGAACUCUCAUUUUGGGGGCUUGGGCACAUUAACAGAUUAAUCCAUCUGUAUAGGGCUUUUGCUGUUGGAUAGAAUUUAAAUUGUCUACAUAAAUAUUUGUUUUAGGACCCUUAGAUUUUAUCUGAAUACACAGAUUAGGCUUUAAAAACAGAUAUAUAUGUCAUUUUUGGCUUAAGGAGUUUGGCUAAGUUAGCUUUUCAACUGGCACUGUAUGGCAGCAUUUUUUGGUAUGGUUAGCAUGGCACAUGGCGAAACAUAAAGCAUUUUACUGUACAGGUAAGGAAUGUGCCAUGUUGUUUUACCUAUCUCUCUUUCUCUCUCACUCCCAUGCACACAUCCUGUGUGUAUUCAGAGACCUUCAGAAACAUUCAUAUUCAUUUUCAUGAGUCAGCAAAAGCCCUACGCUUGAUUCCAACAGAAUAUUUCCUUUACAUACUUUCUUCUCUUAAUUUUUACAAAAUUUGUAUGGUAGGUGUAAAAGAAAAUCAUAGUAACUGUACCAUAUUAUUAACCCCUAAAUCAAACUUUUUUUGUCUUGUGUAUCUUGAUUUUUCUGUGUGCUUUAUAGUGAAGCAGCCGACACGAGUCGUUGUUCAUAAAACAGCUUUUGAAAGUUGAGAGCACACCCCUGGAGAACCGACUGUGCUUGCUUACGUUUGGUUCAUGACUUAAAAAUCGAGUACAGGAGUUAUUCCUGAUGAAGCUAAAGCUUUGUCUCUGUUGGCACCAGCUAAUGCAGUGGCAGGUCUUCUGCCUGGUGGUGGACUCCUGCCUACUCCUAACCCACUUACCCAGAUUGGCGCUGUUCCACUGGCUGCUUUGGGGGCUCCUACUCUUGAUCCUGCCCUUGCUGCACUUGGGCUUCCUGGAGCAAACUUGAACUCUCAGUCUCUUGCUGCAGAUCAGUUGCUGAAGCUUAUGAGUACUGUUGAUCCCAAGUUGAAUCAUGUAGCUGCUGGUCUCGUUUCACCAAGUCUGAAAUCGGAUACCUCUAGUAAAGAAAUAGAGGAAGCUAUGAAAAGAGUACGAGAAGCACAGUCCCUAAUUUCUGCUGCUAUAGAACCAGAUAAGAAAGAAGAAAAAAGAAGGCAUUCAAGAUCAAGAUCACGUUCUAGGAGGAGGAGGACUCCCUCAUCUUCUAGACACAGGCGGUCAAGAAGCAGAUCGAGACGGCGGUCACAUUCUAAGUCUAGGAGUCGGCGACGAUCCAAAAGCCCAAGGCGAAGAAGAUCUCAUUCCAGAGAAAGAGGUAGAAGGUCAAGGAGCACAUCAAAAACAAGAGACAAAAAGAAAGAAGACAAAGAAAAGAAACGUUCUAAAACACCACCAAAAAGUUACAGCACAGCCAGACGUUCUAGAAGUGCAAGCAGUUUGCACAUUUGUGAUUCUAGAGAGAGACGACGACGAAGAAGCAGGAGUGGCACAAGAUCUCCUAAAAAGCCUCGGUCUCCUAAAAGAAAAUUGUCUCGCUCACCAUCCCCUAGGAGACAUAAAAAGGAGAAGAAGAAAGAUAAAGACAAAGAAAGAAGUAGGGAUGAAAGAGAACGAUCAACAAGCAAGAAGAAGAAGAGUAAAGAUAAGGAAAAGGACCGGGAAAGAAAAUCAGAGAGUGAUAAAGAUGUAAAACAGGUUACACGGGAUUAUGAUGAAGAGGAACAGGGGUAUGACAGUGAGAAAGAGAAAAAAGAAGAGAAGAAACCAAUAGAAACAGGUUCCCCUAAAACAAAGGAAUGUUCUGUGGAAAAGGGAACUGGUGAUUCACUAAGAGAAUCCAAAGUGAAUGGGGAUGAUCAUCAUGAAGAAGACAUGGAUAUGAGUGACUGAAUAUUGCCUCUGAGGGAAUCCAACUGUAUACCUGCAUCAGUGUCAUUCCUUUGUGUGAUUUCUUAAUGCUGUAUUUGUUCAUCUCAAACCUAGAUGUAUACAGCUCUGAGUUAUAAAUGGUUAUAAAGCUCCUGUUACUGAUAUUAGUUAUUUACAUCAAAAAGCUUUUAGAAAAUGGUACGAGGUAACCAAUUCUUGUCAUGGUGAAAUCUGAUUGAGUAACCAAGCAGUUUUACUAUUCUGGUGCUGCUUCAUAACAAAAAUGAAAAGCUGCAUGCAUCUACAGCAGGCAUGGAUUGUUUAUGUCGUAUGAUAUCCUUUAUUAAGUAAGUUCACUUAUAGUAUUUCUAUAAUUUGAUUCAUUGCCGUAAUAGAGCCAUGUAGGAAAUGCACUGAUUGCAUGUUAUUGUGGCAAGAAUAUCCUAAAUGUCAUUAAAAUCCUCCAACAUGAUGGAUCUACUUAUGGUCUUGUUUGUUGACAUGACAAAUUAACAUUCUUAUAGUUACAUCUGGAAAUGAGCAUUUGAAAUAGAUAAUCCUUUAAGCCUUGUGGCAAAAUUUUUGUGGCUUUUGUUUAACUUUGAAAGGUUAUUAUGCACUAACCUUUUUUGGUGGCUAAUUAGGGUUUACAUACAGAAACAAGAUUUCAAAUAAAACUGUCUUUGGCAGUGAGUAAAUAGCAUAUUUUGAAGUAGAGUUGUAUACUUUUUCAUAAGAUGUUUGGGAAUUUUUUUCCUGAAGUAAUAAUUUAUUCCACAUCUACAUCAGUGAAAGCUAUCUACCUAUCCUGAGUCUAUCUUAAAGGAAAAAAAGGAAGAAAAAAAAAACCUUAUCUCUUGCCCUUAUUUUGAAUUUUCCACUCUUUCAUUAAUUUGUUUUAAGCUCCGUGUUGGAAAAAAGGGGUAGUGCAUUUUAAAUUGACCUUCAUACGCUUUUAAAAUAAGACAAAUCUACUUGAUAAUGUACCUUUAUUUGAUCUCAAGUUGUAUAAAACCAAUAAAUUUGUGUUACUGCAGUAGUAAUCUUAUGCACACGGUGAUUUCAUGUUAUAUAUGCAAAGUAGGUAACUGUUUUCUUAGUUACAGAAGUUUCAAGCUUCACUUUUGUGCAGUAGAAACAAAAGUAGGCUACAGUCUGUGCCAUGUUGAUGUACAGUUUCUGAAAUUGUUUUACAAGACUUUGAUAAUAAAACCCUUAAACUUA